AUGGCCAUUUCGUUGCGCUCUCUCCUCGCCCUCGCCCUCUUCUGGAUGUCCGCCGCCGCCCAGUCCGUCGUCAAGUUCAAGCUCAAGCCCAUCGCGCCGCAGGAGUGCGCCGCGUCGGCGAGUGAGCUCGCGGCGCUCGUCGGCCUCGAUCAGGUGCGCGUCGUCUUCCGCGGCGGCGCCAAGAACCGGGAGGCCCACGAGAAGGCGGGGCUCCACCUCUGGUACCAGGGCGUCGCGCCCACGCCCGCGGCGGCGGCGCAGGCCGUCUCGCGCCUCGCGUCGCAGGCCCGCGUCGACGCGAUGGAGCUCCUCGUGGCGACGCCGGUGCCGGACGACUUGCUCGAGUUGAUCGUGGACGGCGCGUGGGUGCCGGCCGACGCGCCGACGGUCCAAGAAGAAGGUGGGAACGUCACGACGCUGCGGUUCUCGGAAGGGCCGACGCUCCGCCACGCGGUCUCCUCGCUGGACCUCGCGCCGCUGCGGGCGAAGGCGCUGGAGCUGGAGGCGACGCCGGACGAGGGCGUGACGCGGUCCAACGUCGGCGGCUUCCACGGCCACACGGACGCCUUCGAAUUAGCGGAGUGCGCCGCGGCGCGGACCUUCCUCGAGGCCGCGGCGCCCGAGGCCGCGGCGGCGCGGCCGGCGAAGCGCGCGCGCUUCGCCGUCGAGGUCGAGGGCGCGCGGCUCGUCGUGGACGGCGGCGGCGGCGCCCACGCGCUCACCGUGGGCGUGGAGGACGGCGUCCUGUCGCUCGACGCGGCGGCGCGCGCCGGCGACGCGGACCGCGGCGGCGGCGGCGUCGAGGCCUGGUUCAACGUGUCGCGCGCGGGCCACUUCAACGCGCUCCACGACCACCGCGGCGCGGGCGUCUCCGGCGUGCUGUGGAUCGCCGCGCCGCCGGCGCCGCCGGACCUGGAGCACUCGGGCGCGCUCUUCGUGGCCCUGCGCGGGCCCGACGGACGGCGGCCGGGGGCGUACGCGGUGCUGCGGCCGUCGGAGGGCGCCGCGGUGCUCUUCGACGGCGACCUGCCCCACGCCGUGCUGCCCGUCGCGCCGGACGCGCUCCGCGGACCGGACGACGCGCGCGGCAUGGGCAGCGCUGCCAGCGCGCCCGGCGCGCCGUCGGAGCGCCUCAGCAUCGACGAGGCCCGCGCCUUGAUCCCGGAUGGCAAGACGUGGCGCGACUCCUGGGACCUGCGCUUCACGCAGGUGGGCAUCGCGGAGCCGAAGACGGUGGGCCGCGCCACGGCGCUCCGCGUCUGGGCCAAGGAGGAGCGGGCGUCGAAGCGCUUCGAGGUGGAGGUGCGCGCGUGCCCCGCGGCGCCGGCGGCGGACGCGGCGGACGCCGCGCGCCCGGCGGUGGCGCCGGGGGCCUUCGACUUCGAGGCCCUCAUCGCCGAGAAGGCCGGGCAGCACCUCGCCGGCACGCGCGAGUGGGUCUUCGCCGGCGUCCCGGGCUGGAAAAACUCCGUCUUCGACGCCGUCGACGACUGGCUGCGGUCGAGCGACGGGUCGCGGCUCUUCUGGCUCAUGGGCGGCGGCGGCACGGGCAAGUCCGUCGUCUCCGCGGAGCUCCUGCGCCGGCUCCGCGCGCGCGGCGACGCGGGCCUCGCGUGGCACUUCUGCCGCCACGACGACGCGGCGCAGUCGUCCGCGGGCGCGCUGAUCCGCUCGCUGUCGGCGAUGCUCGGCGCGGCCGUCGGCGACGCGGCGAAAUUCCGCGAGGCCCGGGAGGCGGCGGCCGCGCGCGCGAGCGGCGACGCCGCGGCGCUCUUCGACGCGCUCGUCGCGGCGCCGCUCGGCGCGGCGCUCGGCGGCGCCGGCGCGCCGCGGCGCGUCGUCAUCGUCGUCGACGCGCUCGACGAGCUCCCGCGCGCGGAGCAGAAGGAGCUCCUCGAGCUCCUCGCGGCCAAGGUCGACGCGCUGCCCCCGGCCUGCCGCCUCUUCGCGACGUCGCGCGACGAGCCGCAGAUCAAGCGCGCGUUCGGCAAGUUCGCGCCCACGGAGCUCCGCGUCGACGAGAAGCGGAACCGCGAGGACGUCGAGAGCUACCUGCGCGUCAUCGCGCGGACCUACGUGACGGGCGCGCUGUCCAUGGCCGACAUCGAGGACGACGCGGAGCGCCGCUUCCCCGGGCUCGCGCUCAAGGGCCGGCUCGCGCCCCUCGAGGGCGCCAUGCGCGCGUCCAUGGAGGUCUACCGCGCGGCCGCGGCGCGCAUCGAGGCCGAGCCCGGCUUCUGCAACGUGCGCGCGCUCCCGGACCGCCGCGACCCGGCGCUCGCGCAGCGCGCCUUCGCGCCGGCGGACUUCGACGGCGUCUACGCGCGCGCGGCCGAGGCGCAGGCCGCGCUCGUGGCGACGCUCGGCGACUGCGAGUGGGAGGGGCUCCACGGGUCGCACGCAAAGCACGCGGUCGCGACGCCGGACUGGUUCGACGGCGCCGUGGACCCGGGCGUCAAGGGCCCCGACCGCGCGCGCGAGAAGGUCGCGAACGAGUACGGCGGCGACGCGUCCCUGCUCAAGGAUCUCGCGCGGUGCACGGUGCACUUCGCCGACUGCGGGCGCCUCGCCGAGGCGUUAGGGCGGCUGAGCGGCGGCGUGCGCGUGCGCCAGCUCAAGAACAAGUUCGCGUCGCCGACGCCCAUGGGCUACCGCCUGCGCUACCGCGACCUGUCCUGCGUCGUCGAGCUCGACCUCGGCGACGCGACGCCCUACCUCUGCGAGAUCCAGCUCCACCACGACGGCAUGCUCGCCGCGAAGAAGGCCGCCCACGUCCACUACGAGGUCGUGCGGAGCGCGCUGCCCCGGAUCUGCGCGGACGCCGCGCGCGGCGCGGCCGCGGACGCGGGCGCGCUCGAGGGCUUCGUCGUCGGCCGCCUCAACACGUGCGCGCUCGACCACGCGGUCCACGCGCUCGCGGGCAAGGCCGACGGCCUCUUCCUCUACGCGACGCUCCUCGCGGACCACCUCGCCGCGGAGCGCGCCGCGGGCCGCGCCGUCGACUUCUCGCGGCUCGACGACCUCCCCGCGGGCCUCGCGGAGGUCUACGCCUGCAACUUCCGCCGCGCGUUCCCCGGCGGCGGCGGCGACCCCGGCUGGCGGACGCUCAAGCCCCUCGUCGAGCUCAUCGCCUCGGCCCAGGAGCCCCUCCCCGUCGGCCUCGCGGGCGCCGCGCUCGGCUGGGCGUCGCCCGCGGACCGCGACGCCGCCGUCGACGCCGCCGGCGCGCUCUUCCCCCUGCGCGACGGCCGCUUCCACGUGUUCCACAAGACCGUCGUCGACUGGCUCACGGGCGACGUCCAGGGGACGAGCUCCCUCGGCGCCGCGGCGCCCGCGGACUUUGCGGUGUCGCGCGACGCGGGCCACGGGGCCCUCGCGCGCGCCGCGCACGCGCGCCUCGGCGCCGCGGGCCUGCUCCAGGCCCACGACGAGGAUCUGGCGCCCGUCCUCGCCCCGGCGCCGCCGCGGACCGCCAACCCCGCCGACCUCCUCGCGGACCCGGACCUCGCCUACGCGCUCCGCCACGCCGUCGUUCACGUGAACUGCUGGGCGCACGCGUUGAACGACACCGGGCAAAUUGGGCCCCCGGCGCUGGAGCGCAUGUACCUCGAGAUCGUCUGCUCCCUGCCCUUCCUCGAGCUCACGGCCGUCGCGUCCGCGCUCCCGAAGCUCCUCGUGGAGAUCCUCGUCCGCGACAAAAUGCUCGUCGUCCGGGAGCUCGGCGACCUCCUCCGCUUCAAGAUCGCGCCGCUCCUCGAGCGCCCGGCGCUCACCUACCAGCUCGCCUACAACGACGUGUCGCCCAGACUUCGGGAGCUCGCGGGCCAGUUCGCGGCGCGCGCCGGCGCGAGAGUCGCGGACCACGUGAACCGGCGCAAGGCGGCGCACCCCGCCCGCAUCCGCCUCUCCACGCCCGAGGCCAUCGCCGACGUCGAUUGGGACUACUGCGGCUCCUGCGUCGCCGUCGCGCUCAAGGACAAGAUUCGAGUCUACUGCGCGGCGACGUGCGCGCCGCUCCUCGCCUUCGACUACCCCUGCGAGUUGGACGCCGCCGUGGCGCACGUCGCCUGGGCGCCCGACGACCGCGCGCUCGCGGUCCACGACGGCAAGACCCUCGUCGUGCUCAGCCUCGCGCGGGAAGGCUUUUACGUCGGCGCGUUGUUCGAGGUCGUCGCCUGCGAGGUCGUCGCGGGCGACGCGGGCGACGCGGACAUGCCCGGCUGCGUCGCCUGGACCUCCGCGACCACGGUCGUCGUGCCCGUCGUCACGCGGCCCGCGUCGGGGGCCCCCGCGGUCGUCCUCGCGCGCCGCGACGAGGCGCGCGCGGCGCCCGACGACCGUGGCCUCGCCCGCUAUGGCUUCGCGCCGCGGCAUCGCCCGGGCGUCAAGCGCCGCCCCAAGGGCGGCAAGUUCAAUGGCGGCCAUAGCGGCAACCACGUCGUCGCACUGGGCGACGGCCGCUGCGUCGUCGGCGCCGGGUCCGAGAACUUCCGGGGCUACCUCUACGACGUGUCGGGCGACGGCGCCGCGCCGGUCCUCGCGACGCUCGACACCGAGUCCCGGGCGUCGCCCGGCGGGUCCCACGGCUGGGACGUGGCCUGCUUUUCAUCCGCGGGGACCCUCGCGAUCGCGCAGCGGGGCGCCGUCGUCGUCUUCGACGCCGCGUCUGGCGACAAGCUCGCGCACACGGAGUCCCCCGAAUACGUGCACCAGUGGUGGAACUAUUCCUGCGUCUGCGUCAGCGACGACGGUGAGAAAAUGUGCUCCGUCGACGAGAAGACCGUGCGCCUCUGGAAGUCCCUGGGGGAGGGGCGGCCCGGCGACGAGUGGCAGGCCGCGCUCGCGGAACCCCUCGCGGGCGACGUCGCGCACGGCGAGACGAUCCGGCGCUGCGCCUUCGAGCCGAACAAAUGGGGGACAUAUACCAGGCUCAUCACCGCCGGCGAGCACGAGCUCUUCUUCUGGGCCGCGAAGGACCUCGAGACCUACGAGACCGCGGUGACGCACCGCGACUACGUCGAGUCGCUCGACUGGACGGCCGACGGCCGGCUCUUCGUGUCCGCGGGCGAUCGCCGGCGCAAUGGGGCGCUCCACUUCUGGGCCGGCGACACGGGGGACCACCUGCUGCGCAGCGGAACUGGCCCCUUCCGCAACGUCGCGCUCGCGCCCGACGGGCGUCUGGCCCUCGUCGACGGGACGUCGGUCGUCGAACUGGCGUACGACGGCGGCGCGCUCGCCCUCAACCCCGCGGGCAAGAUCCAGGGCAAAGUCGACGCCGGGUCCAACCGCCCGCCGACCUGCAAGAAGUACGCGCGCUUCGGGCCCGGGAGCGACCGGCUCUACCUCUGGAUCUCGAGCAACUGCGACGAGUGCGACGAGGCGAGCCUCCCGCACCACCUCGUCGAGUACGAGGACGACGGCGCGGGGACCUGGGCGCGCACGCGCGCCUUCGACCACCUCGCGCACGUGCCGCUCUGGCACCCGCGGGACGCGACGCGCGCCCUCGCGCAGCUCCCCGGCGGCGGCUGCGCCGCGAUCCACGGCGAGACCCUCGAGCUCGUGGCCGCGAGCCCCGCGGCCGUCGCGACCGUGCCCGUCGCCGCGUCCCCCGACGAGGCGGCGACCCGCGCGACGACGGUGCCCGUCGCCGCGUCCCCCGACGGGCGCCUCGUCGUCUCCUGCACCGCCCGCACGCGGUUCGCCGUCGCGGCCUUCGACGCCGCGGCGGAUCCCGCCAGGGGCCUCGUCCGCGACCAGCACCACGCGCCGCGCCUCGGCGACGAGUGGACCGUCGACGACGACCAGCUCAUCGCGACGGCGAGCCUCAACGCCGACGGGACGCUCGUCGCGCUCUGCAGCCUCACGACCGUGUCCGUCUACGACGCGGCCACCUUCGAGCCCUCGGGCUACUACGUGCCCUGCGACGGGAGCGCCGCCGCCUGCGCCUUCUCGCCCACGGACCCGCGCGCCCUCGCCGUCGCCGACACGUCCGUCGAGUGCUCUGCUUUUGUGGCCCCUGUCGGCGUCGCGCGCGCGCGACCCAAACCGUCCGACGCGAUGCGCGGCGACGUGCUCCUGCUGUUCAUCUACAUCUGCAUCGCGUCCCUCUGCAUCGCCUACCUCCGCUACGCGUGCGACUGUACGCGCGUGAAAGACACGCCGCACCGACACCGCCUCCGGCACGGCAAGUCCAAGCCCAGCGCGCCGCUCCGCCGCCUCGACGAGGCCUGGGAUGACGCGACGUCCUGGGACGACACGACGGCGGCCUGGGACGACUACGACGUCGGCGGGUUCGACUUGGACGACCUCGGCUCGCGGCUCGCGCUCGCGCUCUUCGUCGCGACGCUCGCCUGCUUCAUGAUCUGCUCCUGCGUCGUGCAGUGCCUCGCGCCCGCGGCGCCGCGCGCGCGGCCCGCGACGCUCUACGGCGAAACGUACGACCCGCGCUACGGCGCGACGUUCGGCGCGUCGUACUACGGCGGCUACUACGAGCGCCCGUCGCACGUGCUCGUCGCGCCCUGGUGGAGCACCCGCUACAGCUGGGGCCGCCGGCGCUACGGCGGCGCGGCGUCCCGCGGCGGCGCGCGCCGCCACCACGUCGAGCGGCACCACCACGUCGAGCGGCACCACCACGGCGGCGGCCACCACGGCGGCGGCCACCACGACAGCGGCCACCACGACAGCGGCGGCCACCACCACGCGGCCGUGCCGAGGAAGAGCGGCUGCGGCGAGUCCAUCCCGAGCUGCUUCGAGAGGAGGAUCUCGGCGAUGGACAGCACGGAGCCCAGGACCCACCAGAGCGGCCCCGCGCCCUCGGACGGGCGGAAGGACGCGAGCGUGAGGUUCUUCGUCCGCGCGGCGAUGAACUCGGGCGUCACGCCGCGCCGCGUCACGGGCCAGGGCCGCGUGAUGCCGACGCCGUAGCGCGACGCGAGGCCGCGGGCGCGCAGCGCCUCGUAGCAGCGCGCGAGCCGGUCCUCCUCCGACCGGAGCGCCGCGGCGGCGCCGGAGCCGUCGGGCGCGGCGGCGACGGCGCACGCCCGGUCGAGGCACGCGGCCGCGAGGGUUCGGGAGAGGUCGGUCGUCGUGUCUUCCAGCGCUGUGACGACGCUCUCCGCGUCGCCCGAGGCGAGCGCCUUUUCGACGGGGGUGAGGUAGGCGGUGGUGUGUUUGAGUUUGUGCUGGGGCGGGAGAAACGCCGCGGUGGUUGUGGCGAGCAGGAGGAGGCGGAGGUGCAUUCUCGCAGGCUGCAGCGAUGCUGCUGGUUGCGAUGCGCGCUGACAGUCGACGGUC